CGACGCAUGCGCUGUGCCAAUGACAACGCAGCAAUUGUGCGCUUGACUCCGCCUCCAUUGUUGCAUGCGAGCUGCGGCCGGCCAACAGCAGAGGUUCGUGCGAAUGUGUGUGGUGUAGUAAGUGACAGCAAGUGCAUGCAGUGCUGCCAAGUUUGAACGAAAUGUAUGUGAAGUUACAAUGAGAACUGGUUUUCAUGGUGCUCACGCCGCCGCUGCUGUAGGCCGUCGAUUCUGACGCAGUGUGACUUCAUUGCCUUUAGAAACGGUAUAUGAAAAAGGGGCGGUGCUUAUUGCAAAUGUUUUUUGUUGCUGUUGUUGUUAGUGUUAGUAAUAAUGUGCACAUUAAAAAGGUACUCAUUCACAGGCGAGUUGUUGUUGUUGUAGCACUAUUAGCGUAGGUUAGGGCGGAACGUUGUGUAUAUUUACUUGCUAACGAGCUCUGGCAACACACAGCAGGAAGGAAGCCGUAAAACUGGUAUAACGAGCCGCUACUGGUGCCACUAACAGCAGAACACAACACAGCAACAACAACAUGGCAAUCGCACUAUUCGCCGGUGCCUGGGGUGAGUCGAUACGUCGCUUGUGUUGAUGUUGUUGGUGGUGGUGGCGGCGGCGUUGUUAUUAUUACUGCUGCUGCUUCCAUGCUCUACGUUGGGUACUGGCGGAGAAUCAAAAAGCGGAACGUUUUAUUAUUAAGCUGCUGCUGCUGCUCUGGUGCGGUUGCAAUAAUCGAGACUCGCGUGCGCUCGCACAAAAUCACAUCUCAUAACAACUAUUUACCCGUUCCCGUUCAAGUUAAUUUGCGCGCUGCUCGCUGCUCGCCUACUCAACGGCAAUAACGGAUUAAGAACACGCAUACAUACAUACAUAUAUUAAGAAGUUCCGUUUGUGUGUGUGGGUGUGCGUUACCCCGCGACAUAUUUGUGCAAUUGGCGUUGACAGCGCUUUUUGUCAGCGUCUCAUACAUGCUCCACGAGUUGAACGAGGGCACGGCAAUUUUUGGCCAUACAGCAUAUCAGCAUAAGUUCAAAAGCGUUUGAAGCGCUCGCAGUGACGCGUUCCAUUGAAAGUUGUGUCGAGUUUUAACUAAAUUAAGUGGCAAUAUUGUGUGAAAGACCAAAAAAAAAAAAACAAAAACAAAUAAAAAGCAAUAAAAGUGUGUGUUAAAUAGUAGAAAAAAGAAAACUAAAUAUUUACUUUAAAAAUAUAUGCAAUACCGUUAGCAGUUUAAAUUUUUUUGAAAAUCAAUUAAAACUUCCCUUCUCAAAGUUAUACGCGUUUUAUAAUCUCUUCCAAGUAUAUAUAAUAAGUGUAGUGCUUUGUGUUUCCGUGUAAUUCCCAUUAAAUUGGCGCCACAACAAAUCACCAUGUCAUCAACACACGAACACGACGAUGAGGAGCGUGAUGAAAUGGAGGAUGAGCAAGAGAUCCAUGUCGAUGUGGACUCAGACUCGCGUAUAUCCUGCGGCAGCGGUUCCGAAGUAGAUAUGGAAGGUGGCAGUUGCUAUGAUGAAAUGGAAACUCCACUGAGUGAAUCCGUGCAAUCGGAGCAAACACGCUCGUCAUCCAGUGAGAAUUUACCCUUUAGCAUAUCGCGCCUGCUGUCGAAACCCUUCGAAAACAACAACAAACAAAGUCCUGAAAAAGACAUAAUACAGAGCGAACAUGACUUAGCCGCGUACAAGUUGGCCACAAGCAUAGCCACCUCGACGUACGGCGGCGCCACAGCACUCUACACAUAUCCGCACUUGUAUCCGACCGCCGCAGCGGCAGCCGCCGCCGGACAUGUACUGCGUGUACCGCCGCAACGGACACCAUUAACCUGGGCGCUGCCGCCGUUACAUCAUGCCGCACUGGCACAUCAAGCGGUCAAGGACAGAUUGGCAGCUGCUUUUCCCAUCACCCGUCGUAUCGGCCAUCCAUAUCAGAAUCGUACACCACCAAAGCGGAAAAAGCCCCGGACAUCCUUUACACGCAUACAAGUGGCCGAAUUGGAGAAACGUUUCCACAAGCAAAAAUAUUUGGCGUCCGCCGAGCGUGCGGCAUUGGCGCGCGGUCUCAAGAUGACCGAUGCCCAAGUGAAGACCUGGUUCCAGAAUCGUCGCACGAAAUGGAGACGUCAAACGGCUGAGGAACGCGAAGCCGAACGUCAAGCGGCAAAUCGUCUAAUGUUAUCCCUGCAGGCAGAAGCAAUUAGCAAAGGAUUUGCACCGCCACCAGCCGCGCAAUUGUCCACACAAGCGGUUAACGGUGCACCAUUGGCGGCACUGCAUGGACUCCAGCCGUGGGCGGAGACACAUGCGGCCGGUUGCUAAUCCUCCCCACAGUAAAAGACGACGAGUCGGAAACGCAAUCUAAGUGCACCAAAUAUCAAAAAAAGUGCAGUAAAGUUCAUUUGUGAUAUGCUUUGUAUAUAUAGGAAAAUCUACUACACUACACAUAUACAUAUAUACUACUUAUAUAUAAUAAAUAUAUAAUUAAUACAAACAAAACGGAAUUAAUCUCAACAAAACAUUAAGUAUUAGUUGUACUAACUAAUUUAUAAGCGAAAUGAGAAAAAAAACUUAAUUAGGAAAGUUAAAAAUAAAAAAAAUGGGGCCGCUUUUAAGUUGUCACAGCGGAAUUUUGAAAUGCGCAACAAAAUUAUUUAUUAAUAUCUAAAAAAAUUAAUACAAUUUUUGCAUUGUAGUUUUAGCUAACAGUUUUUUGUAUUUAUUUCCAUUUAAAAUUCUAAAGUUUUUUAUAAAAAAAAAUUAAAUUAAUUAUUUUAUAAAAAGCACUAAAAAUUUCAUUUCUUCUGUGACAAUUUGCUUUGGAAAUAGCAAAGGCUUCAGCUAAAGUUCAAUUUUAAAUAAAUUAAUAGUAUUAAUAUGUAGUAGAAAAGCAAUUAAUAUAAGCUGAGUAGCAGUAAUGUAUAUAUUAAGCGAUUUACUUGCGUAUUUGGAAUCUUUUUUAAUAAGUUAGUUAAACACUUAUGACAUAAAAACGGUUAUUGCGAAGAGAUCUAAACAAAAUAACGUUAAAUUAGGACUUCCAUAAUACUUUCUUAAUUAAAGUUUUAAAGAGAACUUCAGGAGACCGGAGAUUCCAUUAGAAUCUGACAUGAACGCUAACAAUCCAAUUUUCUAAAGACCAGUCCACACAAUUCUCCAGUAUUUUAUGUUAUUUUAGAUUACUUUGACUAACCCCGAUCGAGGGAAUCCACUGAAUCAAUUGCAACUAUGUUUUACCAUGAUCUUAAUUCCAAAAUUACAUAAUUCCAUAAGAGAUAUCAAAUAUAACACUUGGAUAUACUUACACCAGAUACGAAUAAGUCACGGACAAUACAGAACCCAUAUUACUAGAAAACUAUGUGUUUUAGCCAAAUUCCAUAGAGCUUCUAGAGUUCCUAAAGCUCGCUCACUCUCAAAUACUUGUGAUUAAUAUAUCGGUACAUUGACUGAGAUUCAAUUCAAAAACAGCUCUCAAAAGUAUAGAUGACCUCUUAUCCGCUUCCAGCUUGAUUAUCAGAAAGAAAUCAGGUAUUCGAAGUUGAGGUGAUCCGAAGAGAGCCUUCAGAACAUUCAUACUGCUCGGCAGAAUUUCAUUAAAAGCAUAUUUAUUAUAGUCUGAAAGUGUUGAAAUUUAAAAAUCCUAGCAAUCUUGUAUUUCACCGUUUUCCUGAUCGAAAUUCGUUGGUUGACAAUUUACCAGACAAUAGUCUCGAAAAAUAUUUCUAUCAAGAAUUGUGUCGUUUAUAAGACAAUACAGAAUAUUUUUACUAAGUAAGUUAGUAUCUACUUCUACUAAUACCUACGGUCUUACUAUAUGUUAGCUUUCAUGUUCAACAUUUUCUUCCGCGUUCAAAAUUUCAAUAUUUUUUAGCACUCUAGUCAGAAAAUUGCAAAAAUAAUUAAUUAAUACGUUUAAAAUAAAUUCUCCGACAAAUUUUAACCAUUUCAUUUCAAUUAUAUUUUUCAAACAAAUUUAUACAAACAGAUUUCGCAAUAGCCGUCGUUAUGUCAUUGGCGCUCUAAUACCAUUUAAAGCAAAAUAUAGAUUACAGCUUUUUUAACACUUGCGUAUGCCUAGAGACGAAAAAAGAACGAAAUAUGCAACAACAAAACAUACACAAAAUCGCUUGCAAAACUCUUUCUCACUUCAACAAAGCUUAGAAUAUUUUAAAUUAGUUUAGAUUAACAUUAAAUAAAUAAAAUCACAAGAAAUCGUGUAUAAAAAACAACAACAAAAAAUAACAACACGUCGCAUUAUUUAAAAUAAUAAAUGUACAAACUUAUGUAAA